AUGAGACAGCCCACCCGGUCGAUCUGCUGGCUUCUAGAGCUGGUGCCUGACAACGGCCAGCAGCAGUGGCAGGGGCGAUACACACAAUGCCCGUCCGUACAAGUAGAGGAGUGGAAGUUUCCGCAGGCUGCCAGACACAAUAUCACAGGUUUCAAUCUGGUGCGGAGCUUUUCCCUGCUGAGGAGCGCGGACAUCAAAAAGAUCCGUAACCCACGCGGGCCUGUCAUCCUGAGGCUGGGCAAGGCCUCUCUGCUGCAGCCCACUGAUCAGGUGUUCCCCUAUGGCCUUCCUGAUGAGUUCACUCUGGUCUUCACCCUGGCUUUGAAGAAGGCAUCUCUGAGAGACACCGUCUACCUUUUCCAGAUCUCUGAUGAGCAGGGUUAUCCACAAUUCUCCCUGGACCUCAACCCCUCCGAGGCCACCCUGAGCCUGCGGGCGCGGGGCACGGAGGGGCCGGACGACGCCCCCGCCGGGUGCGUCUUCGGCGGGGAGGGCGUGGAGGCGCUGCUGGACCAGCGCUGGCACAAGGUGGCGCUCAGCGUGCGCCACGGCGAGGCCUCCCUGCUGGUGGACUGCGGGUCCAUCGACAGCCAGCCCCUGGACGCCCGCGGGGCCAUCCCCACCGACGGACACACGCUGCUCGCCAUCCGCGCCGCCGACGCCACCCCGGUGCCGAUGGACGUCCAGCAGGUGAUGCUGUACUGUGACCCGUCCCUGGCCAUGCAGGAGGCCUGCUGUGAGAUCCCUGGGGCCCGGUGCCCCCCCGAUGAGAGAGCCAAGAGCCGGCGUGCUGCAGAAAACGACCUGGUCGACAAUGCCUUUAACCAGCUGUCGAGCCCGGACACCUUCUCCAAACUGGCGGCGGAGAAAGGAGAAAGGUGUUGCCCGGGUGGAGGAGGACCCCAGGGUCAGAAGGGAGAGAAAGGUGAAUCGGCCCUGCCAGCCAACUGGGGAGAGUCGGUCGGCUACAAGGGAGAUAAAGGGGAGAAGGGGGAGCACGGUCUACAGGGUCUCUCUGGGAACCCAGGCAGGGAUGGUCGAGCGGGAUCCAUCUGUGUGGUCGGCCCCAAGGGACAGAAGGGGAAAUCUGGAGGAGUUGGGCCGGAAGGACUGGCGGGAGAGCCAGGGUUCCCUGGCACACCUGGGCCCCAAGGCGUGGGAAUACCAGGCCUACCUGGCCUGCCAGGUGAAGCAACCGGUGUGCAGGGGGACAAGGGGGACGCCGGGCUCCCGGGUACCGAGGGCUCAACAGGAGAUCCGGGACCCAGAGGCCCAGGUGGAUCGAAGGGCGAGAAGGGGGACGCCUGUGAGAUGUGUCCCGUGCUGUCAGGGGAUCUAGACAACAUGGUGACCCUGCAGGGGAAGGCUGGUCCUAAAGGAGAGCCCGGCCUACCCGGGAGAGGAGACCCAGGGCUUCCUGGCCUUGGCGGUGUGGAUGGCAGGGCAGGAUCCAAGGGAGAGCCAGGAUCAGACGGCGGCCAGGGGGCAAAGGGUGAGCCCUGUUCGACGUGCCCCACCCUGGGGGACAUCCCAUUCCAACAUCUGACGCAGAGGGGGGAGAAAGGGGAGCCAGGCGUGGGUCUGAAGGGAGAACAGGGGGAACCAGGAACCAUAGGAUUCAGUGGCCUCCGGGGAGAGAAGGGAAACUCAGGAAGCAGAGGGGCCGAUGGUAAAACGGGCAAAACUGGAGCCAGAGGACCCAGCGGCAAAGAUGGUCAGAUGGGAGACAAGGGUGAACAAGGACUUCCUGGUUACAGCAUUCCUGGACCUAAAGGGGAAAGGGGGGAGUGUGGUGUGUGUGGGCCAUCUGAGUUUGGCAGAGGACCCGGUAUUACCAAACUCCCAGAGGGGUCAUUAGCUAAACAGGGAGAUCCAGGGGUCCAAGGCCCCCCAGGACCAACCGGAGCUCCAGGUCCGGUGACCGCUGGCUUUCCGGGCACCCCUGGACAAAAGGGAGAUAAAGGACAAGCAGGAGAUAAAGGACUGGAUGGAGCUGCAGGAUCCCCAGGACUGGCUGGAGAACCGGGUUACAAUGGACUCAAUGGCUUUAAAGGAGAGAAGGGCGACGCGUGCACCAGCUGCGCUGCCGAGAGCGGCGUUGUGGGUGACGGCGUCUCCGGGCCCGGACCCAAAGGAGAGAGAGGAGACCAAGGACCCCCAGGGGAGGGAAAGCCGGGCAGACACGGUAAACCUGGCCUACCAGGUUCCCAGGGGCCCCAGGGUUACAAAGGAACCCAGGGAGAACAAGGCGUAUCAGGAUAUGGUUUACCGGGACUUAAGGGUGAAGUGGGACCAAGUGGGACUCCAGGAGUGGCAGGACCACCAGGAGACAAAGGGCAGCUCGGAGCAAUGGGUCCGUUGGGGAGAGAGGGCCCUAAAGGUGAGGUCGGACCCCCAGGCCCACAGGGGCCGAUGGGCAUCGGUGUGACUGGGCCCGUGGGUAAAGAGGGCGCCCACGGCGGCAGAGGAUUGCCAGGAGGUGAUGGCAGACCUGGCCCCGACGGAGCCAAGGGGGACAAGGGCGAGCCUGGAGAGUGCAACUGCAUCACCCAGCCGUACACUGGCACGGGGGGGCCGGGGGCCCCAGGAACUGUUGGAGGAUACAGUUGGCAGCCUGGGCCUCAGGGGCCCCCAGGAACGCCAGGACCACCGGGCCCUCCGGGUCCUUCUGGAUCCAUUGGAGCUCAGGGACCGCAGGGUGUCCCCGGCAACGACGGGAUGCCAGGGAGACCCGGUUUGACCAAUUACCUUAACCCUAUUGACCCUCGCGAGAGGCCGUCUCAAGACGCCACAGGCACGGAUAAUGAUGAGGACUCCCAGGGCAAGCCGGGUGUACCAGGCAUGGCAUCCAAGGGGGAGAAGGGAGAGGAAGGGAAGCCUGGCGCUGGUUCCACCACCACCACGGAUAGCUGCGUCGGGUGUAUGGAUAGGCUGAACAGAGAGCAGGCAACUCAGCCGGCACGACCCUGCAAUACCUGCACUGGGAGCCCGGGACAACCAGGGGUCCAGGGAUCCACCGGAGAGAGGGGAGAGCCGGGCAUUGCAGGCCAGAGGGGCCAGGCAGGACAGCUCGGACAGAUGGGUCCUCCCGGUUUCCCCGGCCCCCAGGGUCCUUCAGGAUCACCUGGCCAGCCGGGCGAGUCGGGCUCCGCCGGAGUCCCCGGACUAAAGGGUGAACAGGGUUCGUCAGGGACGUCGGGCUAUCCAGGAUCGAUGGGACCACCGGGGAUGCCUGGUAUGAAGGGAGAGCGCGGCAACGCCGGAGGCAACGGUCCAAAGGGAGAGGCGGGUUCAGCUGGUACCCCUGGCUUCCAAGGACAGGCCGGUGCUUCGGGAAUCAAAGGAGAUUCGGGCCCAACAGGCUCCGAGGGACCCAAGGGUCAACAGGGUCAAGCUGGAGCUCCAGGGUUCCCAGGAUCACAGGGUCCCCCCGGUCUUCCCGGUAAAAGCGGAAGAGAGGGCCCCCCGGGACCGAGGGCUGAGAAGGGUAACGACGGGGCCCAGGGUGCCCAGGGCCAGAUGGGCCCUCCAGGCCGUGCUGGAUCACCAGGACUCAUGGGCCCCCCAGGCAUCGAGGGAUUGGAUGGAAAGGACGGCAAAUCAGGACUGCGGGGCGAGACAGGCCCUCCUGGGGCAGCAGGAGCUCGGGGGAUGCCAGGAUACAAAGGCAAGACUGGUCACACCGGCUUCCCUGGAGUGAAGGGUGAUAUUGGACCCUCAGGUCCAGCUGGACCAUCAGGCAGACCUGGACAUGACGGGGACCCCGGCACCCAGGGGGCCAUGGGACGACCUGGACCCGCUGGUCACCUCGGCCCCGCCGGACCAGCCGGGCCCCCAGGACCCGCCGGGCCAGCUGGAUUGGGCAUAAAGGGAGAAAAGGGUCAGGCAGGAGAGAGAGGUCUGGGAGGGAUGGGCGGAGCGCCAGGACCCCCCGGGCAUCCAGGACCCCUGGGAGAUCCUGGCAGCGAUGGUGCAGCCGGUAAAGAUGGAAGUGGAGGUCCAGCUGGGGAGAAUGGACAGCCCGGUCAAAAGGGAGAGGCAGGCGCCGCGGGCCAGCGAGGAACCCCCGGAGAGAGAGGUAGGCCGGGACUCCCUGGAGGUGGGGGAUACCACUCCAAGGACGCCCAGCCCAUGCUCGGCCCUGUGGGGCCCAGAGGCGAGAGGGGCAACACGGGCUCUUCAGGACCCCCUGGCACCUCAGGGAAUCCAGGGACCCCCGGAAACGACGCUGUGGUCAACUAUGACGAGAUCAAGAACUUCAUCCGCCAACAAGUCGUUAAAAUAUUUGAUGAGAGGAUGGCCUACUUCAUGUCCCGCUUGCCAGCGCCAGUAGAGCAGUCCUCACCUGGCAGACCGGGACCCCCCGGUAAGGAUGGAAACCCGGGAAGACAUGGAAACCCAGGGAAUCCCGGCCAGCCCGGGAAUAUGGGCAGAGAGGGACGAGCAGGACCCCACGGACCCCCCGGCAUACGAGGACCCAGUGGGGAGAAGGGCGAGAAGGGUAUCGGAGAAAUGGGAGACAUAGGACCUCCCGGUGCACCAGGUGCUCCUGGACAACCAGGCUACGGCAAGAUGGGGCCCCCAGGCUCCGUGGGCCAGCAGGGAGUCCCCGGGGUCUCUGGAGCUCCUGGGAACCCCGGCUCCAAGGGCAACGACGGCCGCUGUAACCCCGGGGACUGCAGGAGCCACGAAGUAGAAUACGCCGGCAAGGGCCCGAACGUCAAGGGCCCCUGGUAAAACAGAGAGUUCAGAGGAGGGAGGGAGGGGGGGGAGGGAGGGGGGAUUGAAAAGAAUCAAAGGGGACCAAGAUGGAGACGGAAAAAAAGAAAGAAAAAGAACACAACCCAGGAAAGGAACAUUGUGGAGUCAGCCCUCAGCAGACCAAGUUCUGCUGGAGCACCGUGACCGCUUCUCAGCAGCUUAGUCCAACCACCAGCUUCUGAUGGGUUGACUCAACCACUUGAAACUAAUCUCCCCAUCAAUAUGAAAGAGAUACCUUCCUGGGACAUGGGGCCAUGGCGUAAUCACCAGCAUGUAAAUGUCAUCCACUUAUUUCUUCUUCCAAAUUAUCGUUCUUCUUUUUAUUUUGGUUAACGCAAAGCUUUUGUUGUUAUUAUUUUUCGUAAGGCUUCACCCUGGUCACUGCUUUGAAUGCGUUUAUUUUUUACGAAUGUUCUUACAUUUUAAAAAAGUUACUAAAAAGGGAAUAAAACACCCGUAAUUCCUCCGUUUCUACACACUGUUCUCGGUAGAUCCCAUUUGCUUGUCACUGGCUUUAUCUAAUAUACCCUUUUACAGUUUGUGCGCAACGAGGUGACAAAAGUGUGGCAAAGUGCAAUGGUUUGUCAUUGUGUGCAAGGGCAUUACCCUCAAAAGAUCAGAAAUUCUACCUAAUCAAAUUGACAGAAAAUAAUAGUUACCGACUUCCAGAUCUGGGUGCCGUUAGUGAUAGGGUAGAAGACAUGAGAAACCGGCCCACUGUUCAGUGGAACGAUUUUGCUGGAGAAACCUGGCAUGUUCACUGGAUACACAUUAAGAGCAUACAAGUCUCAACCAUGUCCCCGUAACAGUCAAGUUUCCAUUCCAUAGGCGAGUCCAGCGACAAUUAUGACUUUGAAAGCAUGGUUUUCCUCAGGCGGUCGUCUAUCCUACCAGUGUAUAAUAAAUACAUCUUACGACUAUUAUGUUGGAAUGAACUUAGGACGUGUCUGAUCUUAUGAGAGCAGCUGUUCUCUACGACUCAUCAAAGCCAGCGUCAUUAAAGAGGCCGUCAAUCUUUUUGUUUUUUUGGGGACCACUCAAUAAAUGGCAAUGAUAUUUUAGUUUUCCCUGGUAGGAAGGAAGACAACCCCCAACACCACCAACUGGCUUUCAAAUCCAUGAUUUGUUACUCGACUAGGACGGCAAGGCUAAAACGGUACACACACUCGGUGUACGGGACAGCUCUCCUCACGUACAGAACAUCAAAUACAACUUGUAAACUCUGUUUUCUGUCUUCAAAUCCUCCCCAGCCACAGACAACUGUAAUACGAGAGGCUGAGAGGCUUUUGUGGUAUCAUGUUAACGUCUCAUGUGAUUAGACAAAAGGCUAUGAGGCUAUUGUGGUAUUAUUUGAAUGUCUUAAAAGCAUGAAACCUUAGAAACUGCCGGUCGCUAUUAAAACAGUUCCUGAGGGAAUUCUGGACAACUAAAUGUCAGCUGGUCGGAUAUUGAGACUUACAACCAAAGACACAACAAACAUUUUGGUGCUGUCAACUUUUAUUCCAAUGUAGUGUGUCUGAUAAUCGUCUGAAUGAAUGAGGCAUGCCACUUCUGUUGCCCCAAUGACAGAAUGUGAAUAGGUCUAUAGGCAGUAGAAGAGGGAGUCGGAAUUGACAAUGCACACACAUCGCAGCAUCUCAGCUUCUACCACUCAAGCCUUAGUUCUUUCUCAAACUAUUUGAAAACACCACUACAAGCUCAUACAUUUAAACUGUAGAACUGUCCAUCUGUAUUAAUGUCAUAGGACAUAGUACAGGAUUUUAUCAAAAAUAAAAAUCCCUUAACUUUCUUUAUUUCUUCUGGAAACAGAUCGCGUUAACAACUUGGUUCCUCUUCCACAGGUCUGUUUUGUACAUAUUUAUAUAUAUAUAAUGUUUUUUAUACUUCCUAAAACAUUGUUAGGAAAAGAAAAGAAUGGCCACGUUUUCAAUGUGUUAUACCCCAUGGUUAAAAUGCAAUUGAACGUGAAAGGGAUUUCUUUAAAAGGUUUGUAGCUUUCUCAAAUACAAUAAUGUGUUUUUAGUGAUAAAACAAAUUAUUUAUGAGAGAAAAUUGCCUAUGUGCACGAAAGCAAAUUGUUUUUUUCAUAAAUUCUUCAAUUAUGUCGCUCAGUGUCCUUUCUGUUUAAUUUUCUCGGUAAAUGCUGCCAUUUUAAUAACCCAUUCCAUUGUGUAGUCCAAUGACCUCGUCCGUAGCAUCUGUCUUUUCUGUCAGGCUCUGGUUCAGCUAAAUAUAGCGCUCAUCCUCUGUGCUUAUUCAAUGCUGUUAACCCACUUCACGCAACUCUCUGUAUGCCCCUCUCUCUCAUCACAUUUAUACAUAAUUAAUCAUAGUCAUAAUGUGAUUCGGAAUGCAUGUUGACACAGGAUGAAUGUGUUCUUCUUCAAGCCCUCAUGUUUACACAUGAUUAAUCAUUGGUCCAUUUGGUCUGGAGGUAUGCAGUUUUUUUUUCUUUAUAUACAAAACAACAUUUUGUUGCUUGCUCUGUAGAGAUUAAACAAAACACAAGGAGUUCUGCUGCAAUGUUCAACCUGCUGGAAAAUGUUUUUAUGUAAACUACUUGUUGAAUCACUCAAAGCUACCAGUUGGACAUCCUGGCUAUUUACUCUGUGGUUGUUCUCUUAAUUUACGCCCCUGUAGCAGAACAGAAAACUGGCAAAAAUGCCUUUUGUCAACCUGCAUUAACCUGUGCUUACAACUAAAUAUGUUUUCUUUUUGUUACUCCCAAACCCAUCUAGCGCCUGAAUAUACUUUCUUUGUUAUAUUUGGAUUAAACAUUUCAGGAAAAAAAGAAGCAAUUAUUGAAAUGCAAAAGUGUGCUGGUUCUGCUUCUUUACAUAUCACUCAUUGUAUCUUAACCAUAUAUAUAUAUGUAUAUAUCCCUUUGUUGUUAUUCACCCUCUGCCAAGGUCUCUCUCCCAGGGUCCUAUUAAAGUUACAUCUCACCAGCACAAGAAGCUGGUUGUCAUCAAACAGAA